CUUUGCCCUGUUUUUUAAAUCCUCUUCUCCUAUUUGAGGAACUACCAACUUUGUGCGACCUUGUGUUUGACAUGGGAUAACUGUGGAAUCUCCUUUUUUCUUUUCUUUUUUUUUUGAAAGGAUUGCUCUUGUUUUCUUACAGAACUUUUAUUGCAGGGUUUUCCUUUUUUUGUGAGGUGGUAUAUUGUUUUUUUUUUGUUUAUAAAAUGGUCCAAAGGAGGGUUUUGGAAAGAGUGAUGUGCUCUUGUGCCUAUUUGCAGGCCAACUAUAAAUAGUCCCGGAGCCUACGCAUGCUCAUGUUUGAUUGGAAAUUGCAGUGCCUGAAGUCAGUGCUGUGGGGUAUCUGUUAAAGGAGGGAAUGAAGCUUCUGAAUGCUUGUAUUCAUCUCUCAUCUCAAAAGUCCAAAAGUAACUGACAACAAAACUUCAUAACUUUUUCUCCUGGACAACUUUUUUAUUUUUCUUGCGUAUAUCUUUAUUUGGAGCAAAAUGGGUUCCCGGAGGAUGACAACUCGCUCCUCUUUUGGGAAUGGAAGGUCCAGCAAUGGCAAUGAUGUCAGUGGGAGUAGCCGGCCUGGUGGCUACAGCUACCUCUCCAACAUCAGGCCAGAAAACAGGAGUACACUUUGCAGCGUGAUGGCUCAGCUAACUGAAGAAACACAGCCCUUCUUUGAAACGACCCUGAAGUCAAAAGCUGUGUCCGAAAAUUGCAACGUGAAGUUCUCCUGUGUGGUCACAGGACACCCUGCUCCUCAAGUUACAUGGUAUAAGGAUGACAUGCAGUUGGACAGAUUCUGUGGACUGCCUAAAUAUGAAAUAUUCCGCAAUGGACAAAAUCAUUCCCUGCACAUUUACAAUUGCAGUGUGGAGGAUGCAGCUAUUUACCAGGCCUCAGCCAUCAACACUAAAGGCAUUGUGUCCUGCUCUGGGGUUCUGGAGGUGGGUGAAAUGAACGAGUUCAAAAUCCACCAGCGAUACUUUGGCAAGCUCAAACAGAAGGCCGAGAACAGACGCAGGGAAGCAGAAGGGAAAGAAAACCAGGAGCCGCUGCGAACCAUCAGUCCAGACCGCACGCAGAGAAAACGCCGUUCGACAAUGGAGGCGUUUCUCAGCACACCGAGCUCCACGGAGGACGAGAGCAACGAGGAGAACCAUCAGGCUGUGGCUCUAGAGACUGAGUCCAGGUUACAGGAGGCCACUGUGGAGGAAGCUGAAGAAAAACCAGUCUCAGUCACUAAUGGAGCAGUGUCUGCUUUAACUAAUGGACAAGCCAUCAGUGACAGUGGCAGUAAAGGAGGAACAUACGUUUAUGAUUCUGCCCAGAAGAUUUUCACCGCACACCAACCGAAAACUCCUUUCAUCAAGAAGAAGAUUAAAAUUUCCAACAGUGCAAAAGUUGCAAAAGCAGAAACUCUGGGAGAGAGGCUGUCUGGGGAGAGAAGGACAAAGGAUGAGACUUCACCCUCUGUAGCUCCAGCCUGCACAGAGGCAGUACAGUCUCAGGGCAAUUCAGAAGAGGUGAUGGAAGUAGAGAACACUGCUCAUUCAUCCAUCGUGGAAUCAGAGGUUAGAAAUGUUGUAGAGCAUCAGAAAUCAGCAACAGAGGAAUUAAGACUUUCUGAAAGGCCUUCUAAAGAUGUCAACAUAUGCACUGAGGUAACUGUGUCUUCACAGAAAAAAACUCUUACUUCUUCUGCAUCUACAAGUUCUACUGUGUCAGCGGCCGAAGACAAAAAAGCUGCAAAACAUGAGAAAGGAACUGGAAGCAAAGGCACAGAGGAAACUUUAGAGAUGCAGAAACAAAAUCCUCAAGUUUCCUCAACACAACCACCGUCAAGUGUUGCAUCAAUACUCCGAAGAAUGUUAAAGGAGGACGUUCAUACAACAGAACACGUUGUAGCUAUGGAUGUUGAUGUGAAGUCAAAACCUUCCUCUGAGGGAUCUUUAGCACUCAAACACAGUGAGUCAGUUGAUUCACCGUGUCACAGUCGGACUGCUUUGCCUCAACGUCCAUGUGAACCAGCCAGAGAUCAGCUGUCUGUGAAGGAAACAAGGCCCAGCCAAAAAAAUGUGUCUGUGUCUCAGCCAACCCUGCCAAGUGAGGUUACACAGGCCCAUACAAAGAUGAACAGGAAUGAUGCACCUGUCAGCCUUGAGCUACCACCCGACCGGUGUGUGAUCGGCUCGCAGCCACCACAAAAGACUUCAAUAAAAAGCCAGACCACGACGGAUGACAUCCAGACCUCUUCUUUGCACGGUGGUCGUCGAGCAGCAAUUGGCAAAAUGACGCAGGACACAUAUGAUCAUUCCAGGGAAUCAAAUGAAAGUCAUACGGCCCUUUUUACACACCUACAGAAGUCACCCCUCGAAAGCCCCGGUGGUGGUGGCGACGACACCCAAAGGUGUAACGUUUCAUCCACCUCCCUGCAAAGCCAAGUUGAUACAGCUAUAAAAACUGUUGAAGGGACAGAAACACAAUAUGAUGAGAAGGUGGAGGGUAAUGGGGUAGGUAAGUUAUUGAUACAGGCUCAAAAUGUGGCCUCAAAAGAGAAGGUAGUUGAGAUGGAGACUGAAGCCGUUGCUCUACAUAUGACCGAGCAAACAAAAAUAGAAAAGACCAAAGAUGCAGAGAGGAAAGACACUGGUGUAACCAUUGUAAAUGGAUCUUUUAAAGAAACUGAGAAGAAAGAACUCAUAUCAAAAGUAGAGGAGAAAACCCAUUCAGAAUUACAGGGUCAGAGGUCAGACAAAUUCACUACUCCCCCACUUCAUACAAAAAGUUCAGAAAAGACUAAUUCUUUGGAACACACGUUAAGCUUCCAAGAAAUUCCACAACCUGUUACAAAAGUUAUAUCUAUUGCUGAACUUUUGAGGUCACAAAUAAAGGCUCUCGGGUCCACACUAGCAAAUUCAGUGUCCAUCAUACCGACCCAUGCUAAUUUAGUACAAGAUCUUACUACAACAGCUAAAGAGAUGUGUCAGGAAUUAAGAGAUGAUAACAGAAAACAUAAACUGGAAACAAAGAAGUCAAUGCCUGACAGGGAAACUGAGAAGAGCACUGACAUUACUCCUCCUACAAACACAAAGGCAACACUUGUGGAGGUUUAUCAUCAAGUAAACAAAACUGAUCAGGAACAAAUUCAGUGCCAGGAUGAAGCUUCACCACCUGCUAAGGCUUUGCAAGAACCUGUUGUGAUCCCCCCUAGCUCUGUCAUAGACACUGGCACCACUGUGGGCAUAACGGGACUUCAUGGAAGUGGCACCAAAUACAAUGAAGGUGCCAUGGACAUUGGUCAGGACACUGAAGCAUCAACUCCAGGUCCUCCAAAUGAUUCCUCUGUUGCUGUUUCCCUUUUUGGGAGUAAACAUGUAAAAGACAGUUUUCCUCCUUUGAAGUCUGAGGACAAACUGACAAAUAGACCCCCAGCGGUUUCCAAUCUGUCUGGAACUGUCACUCAGGAAUCUGGGUCUGCACUUACAAUGACACACAUGGAGGAGCCAAAUGUUACAGUUUUGGAAUACGCCAAAGACGCACCUAUUCAAGGCAAAGACAGUGGAUUCAUACAAAAGUUAACUCCUGAAAUUAAACUCAACAGCAAAACAGAGAAGGGAAUUACAGACAUAAAUUUGACACUUUCUGGUCAGGACAAAAUAGAAGAGCACAAUUCAAAAACUUCUUUGCAGGACAUACCAAAGUUCCCUACUAACAGUGUAUUCAGCACUGGGCCACAACAGAACAAUCUGCAGCCUAUUCAGCAGGAGAGCUCUAUGGUUCAGGAGUGUUUGCGGUCUGACUCCUUUACCAAUCCAACCCCUGAACCUAGUCCAUCGUUAAAGAAAAGAAACUGUGUUUCUCCCAUCCCUUCUGCUACUCCACAAGAGCUAGCUUCUGGGGCGCGUCGCAAAAUCCUAACAUCCAAGGCCAAACCUGAGGACGGCACAGAGGCCACAUCGCCAGUAGAUAACCACACUUUGAAAGGUGAAGUACCUACACAGAGCAGCAAGCUUCCCACAAGUCCUGUGACCCUUUCUGUGUCUCCAAGCUUGUCUCGACGGUCACCUCUACUUCAGCCUGCUGGCGAACAACUCUCUCCUGUAGAAAGGCGGUCUCCUCUCGUAAGCAGAAGGAAGAUGGCCUCAGAAACUCAAACCCAAAGUCAGCUGCCCACUGAGGAGAUCCACCCUGAGGGGAAACCUGCAGAGAAGGACAAGUAUAACCCAUUCAAAGCUCCUCAAGUUAUCCGUAAGAUCAGGGGUGAGACUUUUGCGGACGCCUUAGGACACUUGAAACUGUGGUGUCAGUUCUUCAACGUUCUCAGUGACUCUACCAUCAAAUGGUACAAAGAUGAGGCGGAGAUUAUCCAGGUUAAACGAAAUUCAGGGGAUGAAACUCAGGUCAAUCUUGCCAUUGUUCAGGCUUCAAGCAAAGACUCUGGUGUUUACAAAUGUUCCAUUACAAAUGAAUAUGGGACAGACUACACAGACAUUCUACUUAGUGCGGAGAUUAUGGCUGGAAUGUCUCUACGUGAAGACCUUGGCGUUGGAGAGGAAAUUGAAAUGACACCGCUGAUAUUCAGCAAGGGUGUCGCUGAUUCUGGUGUCUGGGGCAACAAGUUCUUUGGCCGUAUAAUGAUGAAGGAAUCUCAGAUCGGAGAUGGUUGUGCUCAUAAAGUCUGGAGGGCGAAAGUCAUCUACGGUCUGGAGCCUGUGUUCGAGUCUGGUAACACAUGUAUCAUUAAAGUAUGCAACCCCAUCGCCUACGGAGGCAAAGAAGAAAGCUGUCUCGUAGACAGGAACCUGGAAGUCAUGAAGCAGGAGUGUAAAAUUCAGAACUUGGCUCGCGAAUACUGCAAAAUCUUCUCAGCAGAGGCGAGAGGUAUAGAAAACUUUGGGUCGUCUCUUGAGGUGAUUCCAGUCUACCUGAUGUACCGACCAGCAAACACUGUCCCCUACGCCACAGUGGAGACUGAUCUGACAGGAGUGUUUCAGAAAUACUCCGUCCUGGAUGAUACAGGAAGAAUUGAGAUGAGAACUGGCUCUGAGGUGGAGCAGAAAUGCUGUACUCUGCAGCACUGGAUCUUUCAGUGGACCAAUGGCAAUCUGCUACUCACUCGGCUAGAAGGUGUUGAAACUAAGAUCACCAAUGUUGGAAUUUCAGUCAAAUCAACAGGGCAUCAAGGUUUAUCUGUCGAAGGGAAUCCCAAAGUUUUUGAGCAGUUUGUCUCGCAGCACAAAUGUAACUACUUCUGUGGUCUGCUCGGCCUGAAGUCGCUGAAGGUGAUGGAUUCUUUAAUGACGCCAACGAAGCCCAAAGGUUCCAAGAGCCCUUUGCUUCAACGCAAGAUGACUGCUGGCUCCUCCAGCCCUCAGACUGGCAGGAAAGCCGCCAGUAGCCCCAGGAUGCCCAGGAAAGCUGAGCAAGACGGCAGGAAGACUCCCACUAAACAAAAAGCUGCUGAUGCUCCCAAAGUGGGUAAAACGGCAUAAAAGGAAUAUCGCUUACUGAGACUGGAGAGGUCACAAAUAUUCACAGAAAUCUCAGGAGGAGACAGAGGAAAGAUGGAAGACUAUUGGCACCUCAGAAGCAUAAAACCCUACAGGGGCAAGAGCUUUAUUAUUAAUAAUAAUAUGACUUAACAGUAUCAUUUUAACAGCCACCAUUCCUUGCUAUGAUGCCACUCAUUGUGGACUGAUGGCCUUACAUGCUGAGGUCUCAUGCUCUAUUGUUUCCUGCAUUUAAAUCAUAGGACUAAAGCUGUUGUGCAAUAAGAAGUGGUGUUUUUCCUGGAUUUGUGUUCUAUCAAUCUAGUCCCAUGGUUCACAGAUUGUGGACGCUACAUCAGGUCAGUGUAUCUGUACUGAAUGAAUAUAAGAUGUUUUGAACUGAAGUAGCAUCAUGUGUUGUCGACUGUAGGCAGCAUUUUUAACACUACUCUUUUGUAGCUGCCCAUGCCAAUGCAAGGAAAAACAUAACCUGGAUAUCGUGUAAGUCCUACGGUCAUAGAGCACGUGUUUAAGGCUGGGAGUAAUUAGCCAGUUUUUUUCUUUCAGGAAUGACUCAAGCCAAAUGUAGCUUCACGUGACACUGUUGUACGGUGGCUAAUGGUGCUGUGCUUUUGUAUUGCAACCUGACAUGUUUACUUGCUGUUCUACAUUGCACUGCAUUUUUAGAGACUGCACUUUUGAAUGCAACUGGCUGUACAAUAAAAGAUAAGACAACACCUCA